GCUAAUCUAAACUAGGCAUAAUUAUAAACACGUUUUGUGGCACAUAGGCUUUUAUUCACGAGCUUAGACAACAAGCAUGAGUUUUCGAUUUUCACCUCCGUCGUUUGAUACUUCAUAUGAUACUUUUGACCCUGAUACUUCUGAUUACCAGGGUCAGCCUUAUGGGUUUAACACUCCUGAUAAAUUUAAUCAAAGUCUUGAUUCUACUAUGAAAUUGGCAGUAAUAGCAUCUAUUGUUUUUGGAUUGGUGGUAGUAAUAGCAAUUAUAGCUAUAGUAUAUGCCAUAAUUCAGUGCUUGAAGAAGGCAGGAGAAACAACUCCUGCAUAUUCCCAGCUUCCAAGUACAGAAAAGGCUUAUAAUGCUUCAAAGUCAUAUCCUUCAACUAGUGAAAUUGAAUUAGUGAUACCUCCAGAUUCCACGAUUCAAGGUUCAAAAGCUGAGUUUGCAACAAUGGAAAGAUUCCUAAGCAACAUCAACAAGGAGAACCCCAUCAGAUUCUCUCCUGAACAACUUGAGGUAAUUACAUGGAAUUACUCAACCAUAGUGGGUUCUGGUGCUUUUGGGGUUGGCUACAAAGGGGAAUUGUCCAACGGAGAAUACGUGGCUGUCAAAGUUAUCAAUAGUUUGGAUAUAGCAAUGGAAGAGCAACUCAAAGCAGAAAUUGGCACCAUUGGAAGAACUUACCAUGUCAAUCUAGUUCGGCUUUAUGGCUUUUGCUUCCACUGGGACAAGCGAGCUCUUGUUUAUGAGUUUGUGGAAAAUGGUUCUCUCAGCAAGUACUUGUUUGGAAGCCAGAACCAAGACAUCGAGUUGGGGAAACUUCAUGAGAUUGCAAUUGGAACAGCAAAAGGAAUUGCUUAUUUACAUGAGGAAUGUCAACAAAGGAUAAUUCAUUAUGAUAUUAAACCUGAGAAUGUUCUUCUUGAUUUGAACUUGGGACCGAAGGUAGCAGAUUUUGGCCUGGCAAAGCUUUGUAGCAGAGGAAGUAAUGUUUCAGUCAAUACAAACUUUAGAGGAACAGUGGGAUACGCUGCUCCUGAAAUGUGGAAGCCUUAUCCGGUGACUCACAAGUGUGAUGUUUAUAGUUUUGGUAUUCUUCUCUUUGAAAUUAUAGGGAGGAGAAGGCAUUUUGAUGACAACUGCAAUGAAUCGCAACAAUGGUUUCCAAAAUGGACAUGGAAUAAGUUUGAGAAUAAUGAAUUGUCUGUAAUGCUUUCACUUUGUGGAAUUGAAGAGAAAGACAAGGAGAAAGCCGAAAGAAUGUCAAAGGUGGCUCUAUGGUGUGUUCAGUAUUCACCAAAUGAUAGACCUCUUAUGAGUACUGUGGUGAAGAUGUUAGAGGGUGAAAUUGAAAUUUCUCCACCUCCAUUUCCCUUCCAAAACCUGGAGUCUAGGAAGCCAAGCUUUGCAGAUUCAGAUACUACAUCGUGGCAGACAGAAUCUUCUGGAGUAAACGAGCAAAAUACAUUUCAGAUUGAAAAAUCUACUUACAGCGUGUUUACUUUCACGUUUUAAACGUGAAAAAUCACGUUUAACGUGAAGCUACUGUUGAGUGCCUUUUAUGCAUGAUUUGCACUCAACUUUUGGCACUCUUUUUGGGUAAUUGUAGAUAAUAUAUAUGUUAUUUCACCCCUUUAAUUUAAAGAAUUAAUUUAUACUAUAAGAGUAGAGGAGUAGUAGCAAUCUUAAGUGUGGAAGAACGCAUGUAAAAGAUUUUGAUGAUGCCAAACAAAUUGAAGAAAACAAAAGGUCAAGAUAAAGCAAGGUGUUCAAUAAACAAAAGUCUCAAAGUGUGUUAGAUAAGUGUU